GUUCACGACGGCAUCGCGACGUGCAUUGUCAAUUGCGGCCAUGUACCAACAGCGCCUUUGCCCGUCGGCAGGCGCCAUAAUACGGCCUUCCUCCUUCCAGGCAGCAUCAUUGCACCGGGGCUCACCCCGCUUCUUCCAUAUCUCGCCGCAAAGAUGCGAGGAGAACAACAGCACUGCGGGAUCGGUCCCUGCCACGGAGCAGAGACAGACUCGCCUUACCCGCAAUAGAGCUGUCGUCGGCCAGGUGCUCAACAUGCAAUCGCGACAAGCGCAACGGCCCGGACUACGCACCUCCGGCCAACAGCAAAAUGGUCAAGCUGGAAAUACCUCGGGGACACCAGGCCGGCUUCUCAUUCGGAGAGUCGAUCCCACCCCAGACGGCUCACAAUCUCGCUCUCCGCCUCGCGGCACAAUGGUUCGCGCGCCCGCCCAGCUCCGUCUCACUCGCAGGGCGCCAGGUCAAAACGCUGCUGGACCCAAUCUGGGUGGUCGCGGACGACCCCAAGGUGCGCCGAAUCGCUCGCGAGCACAACGCCCGGGAGAAGCAGGUCCGGCGAAACGGGCAAAGAGCGCUGUUAAGGCUUCGUCCGGCCCACGGACUGAGAUGAAGGAGGAGGAUAUGCUAUCAGAUGGUAUGGUCAAACAGCUGUUGAGACUGCAGAGGAAAGAAUGGGAUCCCGUCACAUAUGAGCCGAAGUACACACAUGGCAGCCCCGCGGCGCUGGGGCUCCUGGAAGCCGGGAAGAAGCUUUUCGAAGGAGAGAAACCAGUAGUGAAGAAACCUGGGAAAUUAGAGAGGAGAAUCGGCAUUAUUGGAAUGCACGGAGCAUAAGAGUGAGAAAAACGUCCCUAUCAACUGUACCAUAUCCUGUUCAUAUAUCGAUAUAUCACAGCUCGUGCUGGUGGUUUUUGUACAUUUGAAUGUAUACAUCACAACUGUGG